AUGCAUGUGAUUAGUCAGAGAAGGAAAAAGAGAGAUGAAGAGGAGGAUACCAAACAUCUGACCCAAAAAUUGUCAGCAAUAUUUGCACUUGGUAGGAAUCAAGUUGUAGCUAGAAAGCAUUCGGCGCUGUUUGAAAAAAUGAAUCCGGAAAAUACAACUAGAACCAAGAUGUAUGAUGGAUCAGGCCUAAAAAAUACAUUUAAAGGAGUAUCGCUGCUGGCACAAUUACACUCAAAAUCGCUAACUAAUCACUUUCAGCCAAAUAUUCGACAGCGAAAAGAAGGCUACCGUGAAGAAAACGGAUUGACUAGUACUAGGGAUGAAAAUGCGGAAUCUCAGAAGCAAAAUAAUCUCAUGGACGAUCGGCAUAACAGCACUAGAAAACAGCAUUUGAGUAUGAAAGAUAUUUCGAAAAACAAUUUUAUUUUGAAAAUGGAAAAGUUGAAAAACCCUGGAAAAUCCUGGAAUGGUGUUGUUCGACGAAAUCCACGGAAUAGUUAUAUGGAUGAUCCGUUUUCUCUGGAUCAAGUACAAGACGAAUUUGAAGCUAGACUGAAUUCAGAAAUUGGAGAUGAAAUUCAAAAAGAAUUGAAAGCAUAUGGAACGAUGAAUGUACGAAGUUCUAAAUUCACUAACAGUUCAGAUUUCAGAGGGACGCAAAAGUCAAACAUUGAGAGUAGACAAAGAAGAGAUCCGGCAGUUUUAGGAAAGGAGGUGAAGAAGGUUCUUCUGGAAAAAAAACAGCCGGUUUUAUUGAACACCUCGGCAGAAGACUACAAUCUUGCGACAAGCAUAUUUGAAAGAUCAAAGAUUGAGAGUAGACAAAGAAGAGAUCCGGCAGUUGUAGGAAAGGAGAGUAAACAAAGAAUAUAUCAUGUGUUUGAUGUAAAAAAGAUACCAACAGACAAUCAUUCUGAGAAACAAUUAUUCGUUUCAAAAACGAGAAAACUUAAUAAAUCAAACAAUGGCUUCUUUCCUAGCGGAGAAAAUGUGACUAACGAGAAUCCGGAUUUAAAAAUACGAGAAUCUCAAAUUGAAAUCGAUCAGAAUGAUAGCGGUAUAGUUGACGAUUGUGAUGAGAAUGAUAUCAGAGAAGUAUCAAUCAUACAUAACGGUCAUGAAGAAAAGAUUAUUUAUGCAUCAAAAUCUAUCGACGAAGAAGAAGAGGAAGAAGAGAAGGAACCAGAAAUAUCUGAACCUAAUCUUGAACAGAAUGUUCAAGAGAUAGAUUUUAAGAAAGUGAUAUCACCAUCUAUAGUUAAUGGAUCAAAGGACAAGAAUGAUAAGAAUGUUCCAAAGGAGUUAAAGAAAAUAGUAACUGAUGUUACCAGUUCGGCGAAAGCAUUUGGAACACUAUCUGGUUUUUAUCCUAUCCUGAUUUUCCUAUCCUCGAAAAGUAAUUAA